AUCAGUCUGCAUUGUCACUAAUGUUCAGUCUGUAUAUAGCUAUACACAAGAUGGCCGGGCAUAUCGGUUUCAUUUCCUUCCUGAUCAUUCUCCACUGUUGUUCACCUGCACUGGGUAGCGUUUCUAAAGCAGAGUUAUCGUCCUUUAUUACUGGGAUAUGGAACGACGACCCCAAUGCGGCUAACUCCUCUGACGUCACAUACAACCUUCAAUCACAUACGUCAAGUUCCUCACCUGAUGACCAUGCCCAUGACAGAUUGUUCCAGUAUGUAAAUGAGAGCCAUCUCUUCACAAAACCCACUUACUCUGCUUUCAUAGACUUGCUAGAUAACUUCGAUAGAAACACGGCUCACUCGGAGCACACCACAUCGACGGAAACUACCGAGAUCGACCGAUUCAUAACGGAAGUGACGGGAACAACGGUCAUGACGGAAACUUACCUAUUUCUGCACGGAAAAGGUUACACCUCAUCAACGACGGAUUUCCGCGACAUACUAAAGAGUGUUUGGUUCACACAGUACUCACGUGCAGGAACUUCCAUGGGAAGUAACGGUUUCGAGCACGUGUUUGUCGGAGAGACCACUAGCACAGGAGUUUCUGGUUUCCAUAACUGGAUUCAGUUUUACCUGGAGGAGAAAAGAGGUCACAUAAAUUAUCUUGGCUACAUCUACUCUAAAGAGCCGCGGAAAUUGGGCGUCCAUUUUACCUGGUUUGAUAAACCCAAACCACUGACCACGCUUUUAGUUGGAACCAGUCCGGAGUUUGACCUCGCUGUUCUCACCACCUGUUUCCUUGUCCGAAAGAACACCAAUUGCAACUUCAAUAUGGCGGGACACGAUCUGACGGUGAAAUCCUAUGACGUCAACUACGUCCACGGCGACCAAGUCGCUACUGCCUAUUUUAAUUAAAUGAAUUUUAUUUUAAAAUAUGUCUUCUUUUAUUUCUUAAAGAUGUAACUCGUGAGGAUAUGAAGUUCGUCCAGAAAUUCGCGAUAGACUAGUCAAAAGGCUGUUAUCUUAUUUGUAUUUAUUUUGAUAAAGAUAUGUUCUCUGAAUCAAUAUUUACAUACGGGUACUUUGUAGUACUGGAAAUAACAUCAACCAUUCGCCUCUCCGCUUGGCAUCUAGGCAUUUAAGUUUACUCAAAAGAAAAAUUAAUUUCCAAAAAUAUAAAUAUGCUCUCUCCCCAUUGUAAGUUUAAAUCUGACAUAAAAGUUUCUUCACUAUAUUUAUUACUGCCAAUCCAUAAAUGCGGAUCCUAACAGGAAAACAGAUGUUAUCACACUGAUUUCUAGAGGAAUAAACAUUAGAAUGCAGUGUUUUAGUCCACGUUUUGAUAUCACUCCUGAACUUAAGAUCGUUAACAUCUUCCUCUAUGAAAUGCCACGAGACAGAAUCGAAGGUCUAUUAUAGUAAUUAUUGAAAUUAUACAUGAGUAUUUUAUAUGAUCUUCGUGAAGAUAAGUCACACGAGAGUAGCCUCCCUUAGUUUGCAUUAUGAACGGUUAUCAUUUUUUAUGACUUGUGGUUGUAUGACUUGUUGGUAGGGGUAUUUGUCUUCUGUUUAUAAGUUAAAAGACGCCCAGACCACACACUGACUUGGUACAUCUAUAACAGCAUACACAUAGAAACUGUGAUGUUAAAUAAAGGAUUAUGUAUUGAAAAAAUAUUGGAAACAUAAUUCUAGUAGCAUGUGAAAUUACUUAUUUUAAAAUUAUCCGAGUCAUCAAUAUAGCUCGAUUGAGCUCAUUGGUACUUAUGCCGUCGUCCUGCUGUUUCAUGCUCCCAUCUGAUUGGUCAAUAUUUUGUUAGUUUACCUGAUCUGAUUGGUUAAUAUUUGGUUAGGUUACUUAUACGUCAUCUC